GUUCACCUGUACCAUUUGCAUCAUCACUCUUUCUCCAAAGUCCAGGGCCAAGGCAACUACCUAACUUGCUCUGUUCUGUAGGUUUAUCACAGUACUCAGGAGGCAGUGAAUUACACGAAACGAUUGAAGAACAGAGCAAAUCACAGAAAGUGAAGCGUGAAUACGGUGAUGACGAAUCUGCAAACCACACCGGCUUCUUUCGGAUUUCACAUGCCUGCAGAGUGGGAACCUCACACACAGUGUUGGAUGGGUUGGCCUGAACGCGGGGAUAAUUGGCGUGACGCCGCGGUUCACGCUCAAAGCGUGUUUGCUAGGGUCGCCUCCGCCAUCUCGAGAUUCGAGAGAGUAACCGUUUGUGCUAGUUCCGCGCAGUGGGAGAAUGCAAGGAGUCAGCUACCUGAUCAUAUCAGGGUCAUUGAGAUCAGCUGCAAUGAUUCUUGGUUUCGCGACACCGGACCUACUUUUGUUGUCAUGAGGAACACAUCAAACUCUGGUGGUUCUGAUCACAGGAUUGCAGGAAUUGACUGGAGUUUUAAUAGUUGGGGAGGUUUAGAAGAGGGAUGUUACACUGACUGGAGUCUCGACAAUCUUGUCGCUAAGAAGGUUUUGGAAAUUGAGGGGAUUCCUAGAUUUUCACAUUCAAUGGUGCUUGAAGGUGGAAGCAUUCAUGUUGAUGGAGAAGGAACAUGUCUUACCACUGAAGAAUGUCUCCUGAACAAGAACAGGAACCCUCACUUGAGUAAGAAUCAAAUAGAGGAUGAACUUAAGGCAUACCUUGGAGUCAGGAAGGUUAUAUGGUUACCUCGAGGAUUAUAUGGAGAUGAUGAUACAAAUGGUCAUAUUGAUAACAUGUGCUGUUUUGUGAGGCCUGGUGUGGUUCUGCUGUCUUGGACUGAUGAUGAAAUUGAUCCUCAGUAUGAAAGAUGUACAGAAGCAUAUUCUUUGCUUUCAAGUGUAACUGAUGCCAAUGGUAGAAAAUUUGAAAUCAUUAAACUACAUGUUCCUGAUCCACUCUACAUGACAGAGAAAGAGUCUGCUGGAGUUUUGCAGGUUGACGAGGCCAAGGCAAGACUUCCAGGUACUAGGCUAGCUGCAUCCUAUGUAAACUUUUACAUUGCAAAUGGAGCUAUCAUUGUACCACAAUUUGGAGAUAAAAAGUGGGAUGAUGAAGCUGUCCAAGUCCUAUCUAAGACCUUCCCUAGUCAUGAAGUUGUGGGAAUUGAAGGUGCCAGGGAGAUUGUUUUGGCGGGUGGAAAUAUUCACUGCAUUACUCAGCAGCAACCAGCCAUUUAGGGAUACUCUUAACAUUCAUUGAUUGGUAUUCUGCUAUUUUCUUGGAUUGUAUCAUUCCUACUGAGCAAGGAUGCUAAAUUGUGAAAAUAAAACAAGAAACAUGUUUAAACAUGAAUUUUGUGAAAUCAUAGUUUUUUUUUUCAUAAAUGAUUCAAUAGAAAAUUUUGAAGUCGAACAAA